UAUCGAUAGCCCAAUUGCGUGAAAAAUUUACCCCCGAAUCGUCAUAUUUUGUUCAAUCAUUUAAUUAAAUAAAAACUCAACAUGUCUGCAAAGCAAAAUUCAAAGAAAUUCAAGUGGGCGUUGGACUUUAACGGAAGUAAAAAUGCGGAAAUUCCAUCUCCGCUGGGCUACAAUCCCAGUGCACUGGUGAAUCAAACCGAAGUGGUUCGCGAUCAGCGUUUGGUUAUAAAGAAAUCAUGGGAUCUGGCUCUGGGGCCGCUGAAGAAUAUACCCAUGAAUCUCUUCAUCAUGUACAUGUCCGGCAAUUCUAUAUCGAUUUUCCCCAUUAUGAUGGUCGGCAUGAUGCUGGUGCGUCCCAUCAAGGCAAUGUUCACAACCCAAGUAACCUCGAAAAUGGCCGAAGGCGCCCAGGGCACGGGUCAACGCAUAGUCUACUUCCUCGGCAACCUGGCCAACGUAGCGCUGGCCCUCUACAAAUGCCAUAGCAUGGGCCUGUUGCCCACACACGCCUCUGACUGGCUGGCCUUUGUCCAGCCGCAAACACGCUUGGAAUAUUAUGGAGGCGGAAUAUCCUUUGUUUAGUUUGUAAUAGCUGGUAGCGAAUAUGCACAUUUAACGUAACUUUAUUUGACCAUAGAUAAAUUUGUUUAAACUUUAAAGCCUAA